AUGCCUAAGAUCGCCUGUAUCGGAGUAAUCGGUAAAGCCGACAACCCAAUACAUAUAGCAUUGUUCCCUCCAUAUCGCAACUCGGCUAUCGAGUUCUCCUUCCUAGUGAACUCCUGCUUGGAUAUCGUUGAGAUAAGGCGCAGACAAACGUCCAUUGACCAGGAUCUCGGCCUUUUGCACGCCGUGGACGAAAGCUUGGCGGCGUACGGAUGGCUCACCACGACAGGAGUGAAGCUGCUAGUUAUAGUUGAUCUAGUCGGCGAAACACUUAGUCCAGAAGGGCUCGGGGCAUCAUCUAGGACUAUUCUCAAACUGCCUAACCUUAGGCCGGUAUGUUAUGCAUUAGUAGUCUUCCGUUCUCUGCAGGACGCUUAUGUUCAACUAUUGCAGAAUCCAUUCUAUACCCCGUCUGGGCACUGUGACACCGUCAAGCCUUCUGCUCAGGUGUCAAGCUUUCCGCAGGUCGCAGACAAAAGAUUUGUCAGGGAGAUUUUACGAAUUGGUGAGUCAUGGGCACCAUUUAUGUCUCCACAUUAG